AUGAGUUUCAGCGAAAAACCCAAAAGCAGCGACGUGGCGCGCGGGCCGGACGAGGUGGACGAGGCUGUCGGUACCGUGCUGGACCCGGCCGACGUUGACGGCGAGGUGAAUGCGUCGGGCCACCCGGACCAGCUGACACGGCAGUACGGUCUGUUGCGGGUGGCCGGCGCGGCAAUCACCAUCGACAACGCGUGGGUCGUCCUGGGGUCGUCCAUUUCCGUGUCCAUCGCAAACGGCGGCAUCCCCGGCAUCUUGUACGGCCUCAUGGUGGCCGCCUUCUACUACGCCUUCAUCGGCCUCAGCCUUGCCGAGCUCGCGUCGGCCAUGCCCUCGUCCGGCGGCGUCUACCACUGGGCCACCAUGGUCGCCGGCCCGCGCCUCGGCCGUCCGGUCGGCUUCUUCACCGGCUGGCUCAACUUUGCCGCCUGGCUGUUCGGCCUCGCCUCGCUCGUGCAGGUCGCCGCCAACACGGUCGUGCAGCUGUACGCCACCUACCACCCGGCCUUUGCCUCGCAGGCAUGGCAUGUCUACGUCGCCUACCUCGGCGUAUUAUGGCUCAGCACCGCCUGCGUUGUGCUCGCCAACGGCCUCGUGCCGCACACCCAGAGCGCUGGCAUGGUGCUCGUGCUCGCCGGCGGCUUGGCCACGAUCGUCACGCUGGCCGCCAUGCCCAGGCAGCGCGCGUCCGACCACUUUGUCUGGGCUUCGUUUGCCGAGAACAACGCGACGGGCUGGCCGGGCGGCGUCGCGUUUUUGACGGGCGUGCUCAACGGCGCCUUCACCAUUGGCACGCCCGACUCCAUCAGCCACAUGGCCGAGGAGGUGCGCGACCCGCGCCGCAACGUGCCGCGGGGCAUCCUGCUGCAGAUUGGGCUCGGCUUCCUCUCGGCCUUUUGCUUUGCCAUUGUGCUCGGCUACGCCAUCAGCGACAUCGCCGUGCUCCAGGGCGGCGUCAACACCUUCCCCCUCGCCGCCAUCUACGCGCAGGCCACCCACAGCGCCGGCGCCACGUUCGGCCUGCUGCUCAUCAUCUUCCUGUCGCUACUCUGCGGCGUCACCGGCACCGUCCUGACGGCCACGCGCGCCUACUGGGCCCUCGCCCGCGACCACGCCGUGCCCUUUGCGCGCGUCUUCGCCCGCGUCCACGCGCGGCUCAGCUGCCCCGUCGAGGCGACGCUCUUUGUCAGCCUGGUCGUCUCCGCGCUCGGCGCCAUCCCCCUCGGCAGCGCCGUCGGCUUCACCAACCUCACCGGCUCCUUUAUCGUCCUGAAUACCAUCUCCUACGCCGUGCCCUUUUCCACCAACCUGCUCGCGCGCCGCCGCUACUUUACCCCGGGGCCCUUCCACCUCGGCCGCUUCGGCUUCGCCGUCAACCUGCUCGCCGUUCUCUUCAUCGCGCUCUUUGCCGUCUUUUUCUGCUUCCCCCCCGCCACUCCGUUCGAUGCCACCACCAUGAACUACAACUGCGUCAUCAUCGUCGGCAUCGUCGUCCUCGUGGCUGCGUGGUGGUUCCUCCAUGCCGCCAAGCACUACGAACUGCCGCACCUCAAGAUGGCGGUCGAUCACAACACAUGA